CUCUGAAUUUGACUGCUGUGCCGCCUGUACUUAGCUGUACGGAAUCAGAACAGAGCUGGCACAAACCAAGGACCAUGGGUGUGAAACCAGGCCGUGUACGUGACAUGGUUUUUGUCUCUGCAAGGCCAAAACAGCGCACAGUUGGAAAUGGAGUGAGGAGCAAAAGUUACAAGGCUGUGCAGGGAGACUUGCCGGACCCUGAUGUCCUCAGAGUGGCGGAGGUUUACCAGGACUUUGCAGCAGAUCUUGCUCCUCUCAUUACCACCAUGGCCAUCAGUGCUGAUGUCCCAGUAGUUGAGUCAACCUUUGGAACAGUCCAGGAAGGCAGUCCUAUAGCUUUGCAGCAUCCACUGCCAGUCAGCCGAGUUAUCAUUCGCCACGUGGAUGCCCCUCCUCCAUUGCCAUUGGACAACUACCAUCUUGAGCCCACCUGUGUCCAGUUUGUCUGCAGCCACCAGCAGCAACUAGAACUGGAGUGUCUUUCCACAACGCUGGAACAGUCCAGAAAGAUUGAAGUUGCCACCAGGGAGCAGAGCGAAACAACUGAAUGGCAUGAUGUCAGGAGACCCCGAAUUACUUCCUCUCGCUUCCGGGAAGUUUGCCAUGUUAAAGGGUCCAAUUCUGCU